ACCUGGAGAUUAAGAGUGACAUUUUGUGAAGCCACUAUCUGCUGUCCACGCUUAGCUUUCUGACGACGAAGCUUCCACCAAAAGAAAACCUUACUCCAGCAAAGGCUCGGUGGCAACCAUCUAUAUUUGCCUUUGCCCCGAACAUGUUGAUCCUACGUAAAUAAAUUAAACAAAGUUUUGGAAAUGAAUGAUAAAAUCCUUGAUUUUCAAAUGAUAAUUAUAAAUUCACAAAAAUCUUGUUCGAGGUUUGUCGUUUUUACUGCCUUCAACCGACUCCUUGGCUUCGCCUUCUCCUUAAUGUCAACGUUUAUAUUAUUCUCCGGCGAUUCAAUGGUGGUAUCAUUGAUGGUGAACGCUUCUUCGUCGUCAACUGUGAAAAUGACGCGGUGGUGGUCAGUGAUAGCUUGUGACUCUGUUUUCUCUAGUGAUGGUGAACUUUCGGUGUUUGUGACCUCAUCUAAAACGAUGUCGUUGUUAGUGGUGAAGGUGAUGGAGGGGCUUGUAGUUUCUGUUGGUGUGGACGCCAUUGUUGGAGAGUUGAGAGUGUUUUGGAGGUCUGGAAAUGGUGGUUGAAACUUGAACAGAGCAUUUAUAGGAAGGGUGGUGAUUGAUAAAUGAUGAAGUGAAUUUGGCGCUCUAUGAUGAGGAAGAAUUUCAGAACUGAGAUUCUGAAAUUCAGAAAUAACAGAAAAUUAGAGAGAGAAAAAGAAGAGAGAUGAGGAAAGUAAU